UCGCGUAGACUUAUCAACAGCGUCUGGAAUAUCGAGCUCCGGACUUUUCUUUCAGCGUUUGGUGCUCCGUGUGUCCGUGAUUAGAAGUUUGCGUGGCUACGGCUAGGUACAUAUAUUUUUGUAGGAUUGGGACUAGGACUAAAUAGCAUGGCCAAUCGCUCCAGCCAGCGGGACCGAGAGUUCAACCGUGAUAGCACUAGCAAUUACAAUCGCGAUAAUCGCGACUAUAAUCGGGACAAUCGCGACAAUCGGGAUAAUCGCGACAAUCGAGACAAUCGCGUCAAUUUCCGCGACUAUCGCAAUCGUGACAGGGAUCGCGAUAGGCAGCGUCAGGUGCCCACGGAACCACCUUUCAUUGCUUAUGUGGGCAACCUCCCCAAGGGUCUCGUCCAGGGCGAUGUGAUGAAGAUCUUUUCGGACUUUGAGGUGAAGAAUGUGCGCCUGAUCAAGGAUCGUGAGACCGAUGAGUUCAAGGGAUAUGGCUACGUGGAGUUUGAGACUUUGGCCCAACUGAAGAGGGCUCUCUCCUGCAACGGCCGCAUCAAGCUGGACAACUUUUCGGCGCCCCUGCGUAUCGAUAUAGCCGACCAUCGCCGGCAGACCCCGGGUUCCAGCGGAGCUGGCGGAGCUCCCCCAGUCGGUGGCUCCCAAAGUCUGGGCGGUCACGAAAGAGGUGGUGGCGGCGGAAGAGGAGGCGGCGCCGGUGGUGGAAACGGUAGCAAUCCCUACUACCAAAGGCGCAACUAUCGGCGGGACGACAGUGUGGGAUCCCAUCAGUGUCGACGGAGGGAAGCCCGCAGCAGCAGCAACCACCAAAUGUCCAACAGCAGCCCCACCCAAAGCACCACGUCCAUCAACUACAACCGCACCACUCGAGGUGGCUUCAAUAGCCGUGGUGGUAGGGGUGAUCGCGGUGGCGGAAUGGGCAACGGCCAUGGGAACGGAAAUGGCAAUCGCUACCAAGGAGGAGCUCCACGUCAUUUCGAUGACCGCGAGGAUCAUCAAUCGUCCAGCAGUGGAGGAUUCCAACGCAAUCGCAACUUCAACUUCAAUCGCUCUAUGAACAGCGGCGGCGGAGGAGGUGCUGGAGGAGUUAGGGUCGGGAAUACGCAGCGAAACUUCAAUGGCAAUGGAGGGGGUGGAUUCGGGAGCAUAAAUGAAAACGGCAACUAUACCAAUUUUGUUCAGAACCGCAACCGCGAUCGCCGAGGACACUACAAUCCAAACAACGCUAGAAGUUCUGGCAGCUACAAUGGCAAUAGGAACGGCAACUUUGGCGGGGACAACAAUAAUCCUGUCCACGGAGUAUCGGAAUCGGGAUCAUCUGGAACCGGUCCGACUUCGAGCAAUCAAUUCGGAGUGCUCGACGAUGAUGAUCGCCCCAAGCUGGUGCUAAAGCCAAGGACAGUGACUGCACCCAUAAACUCUCUGGCCGAAACCAAACAGGCUGCUCUGAUUUUCGGAAAGGCCAAGCCCCGCGAUGAUAGCUCCACGCCCGUAUCCUCGCCACGCCAGGAUUUGGAUGCCAUAACCGAUGCCUUGAGUGCGUCUACUCCUUUCGCAGGAUCGACAGGAGCCCCGAGUGAUCAUGAUCCAGGUGUGGGCGACAACUGAAUCGGAUCCUACGAAUUUGAUGGCAGUCUAGAUCGGUGGGGUUCAGCAUGGCGAGAUCUUUCAAUAAACUUUUCACAGGCCUCUUAUAUUACAUUA